AUGAACUUUACGAGCCGGGAGCAUGACGAGCCGGCGGCUGCAGACCUUGCUGCUGGCGUCGGAGCACUCCACGAGGACGCCUUUGAUUCUGCGACCGCACCUCAAGCCGCCGCAGGGUCCUUCCUUUCCAGACGAAGCCGUGCAGCGUCCGUAUGCUCCGGCGGUCCACGGCCCGCUCUGCUCGUCUUGUGGGGUGGCGAGUUCGGGACGACCUUGAACGCUGCUCAGGAUCUCGUGGCCGCCGCGAAGCAGCGGGAAUUUCCAGUGGAAUUGAAAGCCCUGGAUGAGGUGAGGCCAGCUGCAUUGCUGGCUGGGGAAAUCAAAUCUGAGACUGGUGAAGUUCCCAUCGUCUUGGUCCUUGUGGCAACAUACAAUGGCCACCCACCACCGAACGCUGCGAACUUCCUGAAGGAACUCGCGGAAGUCCCUGCGGGCGAGGAGGGAUCGAGGAAUCUCAGCUUUGCCGUGCUCGGUGUCGGGAAUUCCAAUUGGGUGUCCACCUUCGUGAAGUCCGCAAGAGAUGUGGAGAAGCUGAUGCUCCGCGCUGGUGCAAACCGGCUGCUGCCUUUGGAGGCGGCUGACAAGAACGAUGUCUUCGAGCGCCAGCUGCGAACCUGGCGCAAGGCAGUCUUCGCUCAGUUUGCCUCGUCUCCCGAAGAGCUCGUGAAGGAAAGCGAAGGGCAGAGCCACGUCGAGGCGCUGCCCGAGCUGCUGAGCCUGGAGCCCUGCGAGCAGGGCGCCGCUGAGCCGGCGACGCUGGAAGCCCACUUCACCGAAAGGCUUGGCUACGCGACGUGCGCUGUCAGCAUCAACGAGGAGCUCUGCAUACAAAGCGACGCAAGCAGCCCUUCUGUGCGGCAAAUUGUGAUUGAACGACCCGAUGGCUGUUCCUACGCUUGUGGGGACCACCUGGAAGUGCGCCCCAGGAACGCAGAAGCACGGGUGCUCCGCUGCUGUCACCAUCUCGGAGUCCAAUCCGAUGCUUUGGUGGUCGUGACGGGCGUAAAGGAUGAGGAGCUGCCCUCAGGAAGGCCCAUCGCCAUCGGCGAGAUCCUCUCCUACUACGUUGACCUCUCCGCGCUUCCGUCCCAGGAGACCUUGGCCUCGCUCCUCCCCCACGUGGCCAAUGCCAGCGAGGCCGCCAAGAUGAAGCUGCUCACUUUGACCAAAGAAGACUCGGAGUACGAUCGCUGGAGCAAGAGUCACCUUUCAAUCUUGGACGUCUUCGAGGAGUAUGCUUCCUUGAAGGUGACUUUGAGCAGGUUUGUGGAAGUGGCUCCGAAGAUGCAAUCGCGGCUUUACUCCAUUGCAUCCUCCCCCAUGUCCCGCGGCAAGAACGUGGAGCUCUGUUGCCGUGUGGCGACAUACACGGCCUCGCCAAACGGUCAAGAAAGUAUCCGAGAGGGCCUUUGCUCCUCCAUGCUGGCAGGAGCCACAUCGGUGAUCUGCAAGAUCAAGGAAGCGCCGCACAUGCGACUCCCGCCAGAUCCAACGAAGCCCAUUGCCUGUGUGUGCAGAGGCACAGGAGUCGCUCCUUUCCUGGGUUUCUUGCAGGAAAGAGAGGCCUGCAGAAAGAAGGGCAUACAGACAGGACUGGUUUCCCUAUACUUCGGGUGUCGGAAUGAUUCGGAUUUUCUGCAUAAAAAGCUGCUGCAGCGAUGGCACGAGGAGGGUCUCUGCUCGCUAAAGCUGUCCCUCUCGCGUCCAACGGAUGGAAGUUCCAAAGAAUACGUGUAUCAUGCUCUUCGAAGGAAUUCUGCAGAGAUUUUGAGACUUCUGGAUGACGGCGAUGCAAGUGGAUACUUCUACAUCUGUGGCUCUGCCUCCACUUUGGCCAAGGAUGUUACCAAUGUCUUGGUUGACAUGCUCAGUGACAAAGGAGAUGCGUCUACAGGCUUCACAAAGCUCACGGACUUGCAGGAGAAGGGACGGGUCAUAUUCGAUGUAUGGGGCUGA